AUGGAUCAAUCUGAAGAUGGUGACAAGAAGAGACCACCGCAUGCGGUGCUGGUUCCAUACAGAGCCCAAGGCCAUGUCAACCCCUUCAUGCAGCUCGGCAAGCUCCUCCAUUCACGUGGCUUUCUCGUGACUCUCGUCUUCGCCGACCUCAACAACAGCUUGCCCAUCAACGACGCCGUUUUCGACUCGGCGAAGGACUUGAAAGGUUUCCGGGUCGAGAGACUGCUCGAAGGUUUGCCGCCUGAAAGUCGAGACCCUUUUGGUCGGACUUGUUUGGGACCGUUCAUGGAGCUGAUGUCGAAGCUGAAUGAGGCGGCGCCGGGUUCUGGGGAUAAAGCAGGUGCAGUUUUGGAUAGCGUCGGCUUGCGGGUUUAUGGCUUGUUUGCAGGCGACGGAAUUGCAGAGAAGAGGCAUAGUUCCAUUCAAGAUCCAAACUUCAUGAUCGAUGGAACCCUUGAAGCACCCGUUGAUUGGAUACCAGGAAUGCCUAAUAUCCGGCUUAAGGAUAUGCCAACCUACGUCAGAAUUACCGACUCAGACGACGUCGUUUUUAAUGGCCUUGGCUCAGAAAUAGACAACUGCGUAAACUGCUCCACCGUCGUCAUCAACACCUUCGACGACCUCGAAAGCCAAGUCCUUCAAGUUCUCGCCACCAAGUUCUCCAAAAUCUUCACCGUCGGCCCACUCCCUCUCCUCCACCGCCACGUGCCGGAACCCCAGUCAGAACUCUACAAGCCCAAUCUCACCUAA